GGCUAAAAUACCGCCGAUUGGACUAUAAAGUUUCACUCACUCACUCACUCACUCACUAUUUUUUCUUGUGUCAAAAGACGUGCAGCAGUCUAUCCAUCCAGAGAUCAUGAGGGCCUUUAGCCUGAAAACCGCGGUCACCACGCUGCUGUGUGUUGCCGUGGUGCUGUUGCUCUUGAAGCUUAAUAAGACGUAUUUACAUCUGGUGGAAGAGAAGACUUGGGCGGGCAUGAAGACUUGGGCGGGCAUGAAGACUGGGGCGGGCAUGAAGACUUGGGCGGGCAUGAAGACUGGGGCGGAAAUGAAGACUUGGGCGGGCAUGAAGACUGGGGCGGAAAUGAAGACUUGGGCGGAAGGGGAUGAAAAGCCCAACACCGAGAACUCUCUGAUACUGCCAGAAUCCGGAAUCGUGAACGUCAUAGAGGAACACCAUGAGGCACUGAUGUACUGGUUUUCGGCUGCAGCGAAAGGGACCAUCAAGAGACAAGGGAACACUCUGCUUCACAUAGAUGCCCACAGUGAGGCGGCCAACCCCAGACAGUGGAGGAAGCUGCCUCUCUUCCAGUUACCUAAAAGCCGGAUGGAGUUGAACCAGAUGAUGGAGAAGACAAAUGCCUUUGUUCAUAUGGCUGCAGCAACAGGAUUAAUCAACCGUUUCAUCUGGGUGUGGCCACCAUAUGAGUCUGGAAGGUAUCAAGCAUAUGUGUCUGUACGUCUGAGAGCUGGGGUCAUGUACAGACAGGUGGCUGGCGGUCUUGAUGAACUGGUGCUUUGCGCUUGCGCGGAAUCUGAACAGCUGAAGGUACACAACAUGUGUGUCUGGAUCGAUACUCACCGAGAUGGUCGAGAGGAAUAUUUUGAAAUACAGGAAGUCGCAUGUUUAGACAUGUCUCUUAGUGGAACUGUGGAGUUUGUAAGUACAGAUAAGGCUAUAGAACUGGCCACGUCCGGUAACUGGAUUUCGGCUAGUGAAAGCGUCGUCCUUGACAUUGAUGAAGACUACUACGCCCGUGAAGAUGCAUCGUCUCCUCUGUAUGAUGCUGGCAUGAGUCAGGCCCAGAUGUACGACAUAUCAGCCUGUGUUGGGAAGCUAAUGUGUGUAGACAAUGCCCACGAUGAAAUGAUGGCCGAUAAAUUCUUCCAUAACCUGUUAAAGAUCACAUUCGAACACACCACACCUUGCAAUGAUGACGCAGCUGAGGGCAACAGCAAAUGCUCUAACCAUCUUGCCAUGAAGAAUGCGGUUAUCGGUAGUGUCUACGAUAUACUUGAAAAAGCUAAACCCUUUAUGUGCAUGCCAAAAGAAUCUACCCAGUUCAUGCUUGAUCGUCUAAUCGGUCAUCUAGUCUAUCUCAGUGGUCGUCAGUUAAAGGAGCUCACAUCUGUAGGCGUGUGUAUGGACCAAUCCCCAAGGAGUCCAUCCUUCAGCCGAAAUAAUGGCAUGGUGGUAUGCCUGGGAAACAAAAAGGGGGCCCGGAUACCUGAAAGCCAUAACGUUGAUGAUGAGGACAUCGACCAGACCACCAACCAACUUCAAACAAUCCUGUCCCCGUCAUUAAACCUGGGUGUGGUGACGCUUGUCCGUUCUGUACGAGAUGGAUUUACUCCUAGGAAAUAUGUCCAUACUAUUGAGACAAAGGUUAUUAAUGUUUUGAAAACAGUGUUUCCAGACCGACUACGUAACAGCAGCAUACAUUAUGAUUCUGAGCUGCUUGGAGGUAAAGGUGGGUGGUACUUUCGCCACAAGACCAUAAAAACAUAAUAAUAUUGCAAGUCUAAUUUGUAUAUGGUCCUCAGCGCUGAAUUGCUUUUUUGAAAAGCUACAGUAUCAAGAUGUACACAAUAUGCAAUGGUGGAUACGGGAAACCAAUUCUCCAAUAAAUCAAUACAGUAAAACACCUGUAAGGUAUUUCCACUGA